GGUGUUUGCGAGCGACUAGAAUUUUAGACAAAUGCGAAUUAAAUUGCCAUUUAAACGACAUCAGACGCUUAACAUUGUAUUUUAACGAGCUGUUUUCGUAUCCUGUGUAAAGCUGUAAUCGGAGUCGGUAGACGACAAUUCAGAUGAAGUAUUGAAGUGCACAGCUUUCCAAUAUGACCGCUGUGGACGUGGAAGAUGAGAGUAUUCUGGCUUCAAUAUUUAAAGACAGCUUUCCAGACAACUGGAGAGACAACCCCGACUUCGCAGCCUACUUGUCAGAGCUCAGUUCGUUUGGCGUGGAGAAAUUAAACCGUGAACCGGAGCGGUUGGCGGAGGAGAGGGCGCAGAUACUGCAGCAGACCCGGGAGCUCGCCUUCUCCAACUACAAGACGUUCAUCCGCACCGCGGACUGCACCGAGGAGAUUUACCGKGACUUUGGCCGUGUGGAAAGCAGUGUUUCCAAACUCCUCGACAAGUUGCCCAGCUUCGGUGAAAAAUGCAGGUUAGUGGUAAAGUUAGACAAUUACUCUCUGUCCCGGAGGAUGAACAGCCUGACUCUGAACCGCCACACAGAGAUCCUGGAGAUCUUAGAGAUACCUCAGCUGAUGGACACCUGCGUCCGGAAUGGCUACUACGAGGAGGCUCGACUGGCGGCCUACGUCAAGAGACUGGAGAAGAAGCACUCGUCUCUACCUGUCAUCCAGGGAAUCGUCCAGGAGGUGCGUCAGUCAGCUCAGCUCAUGCUGAACCAGUUGUUACAGCAACUACGUAGCAACUCCCAACUUCCUGUGUGCCUGCGUGUGAUGCUCCUGCGCAGGAUGGACGUGUUCACGGAGGCGGAGCUACGGGUCAAGUUCCUGCAGGCGCGGGGCAGCUGGCUCCAUUCCAUCCUGUCCACUGUCCCUGAUGAUGACCCUUACUGCCACGUCACCAAGACCAUCGAGGCGUGUCGCGUACAUCUGUUUGACAUCAUCACCCAGUACAGAGCCAUCUUCUCUGACGAGGACCCCCUGCUGUCUCCCGGUGGUKCGGGCCAGGCGGUGAACGAAGGGGCCAUCUUCCACGGCUGGGUGGUGCAGCAGGUGUCUGAGUUCCUGGUGACCCUGGAUCGAGACCUCCAGAGGGGGGUGGGCGGACGCCUGGACUCCCUGCUGGGACAGUGCAUGUACUUCGGCCUGUCCUUCAGCCGCGUUGGGGCAGACUUCCGCGGCCAGCUGGCCCCGAUGUUCCAGCGCGUGGCGGCCGAGACCUUCCGUCAAGCUGUAGAGGAAGCCGUGGAGACGUUCCGGGASGACAUGAACCUGUAUACUCUGAUCUCUCUCCCCUCUAUGCUGGCUGGGGGCUCCAUGCCAGGUACCGUCCAGCCCCCCAGUACCCAGCCAGGCACCCUCCAGCCCCCCAUGGCUCUGCUGGAUUUCCCUCCUCUGGCCUGCUUCCUCAACAACAUCUUGACGGCCUUCAACGACCUCAGGCUCUGUUGUCCCCUCGGUCUGGCCCAGCAGGUGACCGAGUAUCUGGAGGACGCCCUGGUAAAGGUCACCAAGCUGAUCGUGGCGUUCCACCGGGCUGAAGAAGGCCUUCACGACCGAGAGAAGGACCUGUUUGUCCAAUUCUGCUGUUCCUUCGCUGAGGACAUGGUUCCUUUCCUCAACCGCUGUCUGCAGGUCCUGUUCCCCCAGCACAGCUCUCUGUCAUACUGGGUGUCCCUGCCAACUCAAGUCCACCAGUACAGCAGUCUGGGUUGUAUUGACGUGAGUCCAGUCCUGGAGCCUCUGGCGUUUGUUCUUCCCAAGAGGGAGACGGUGACUCCGAUGGUAGAAGACCUCAGUGUUGAGCUGGACGGUCUCACCACAGCUGAUCCUCAACMGACACUUCCUGUUGACAACCUGGGACUUCCUGGUCUUGAACCGAUAGCAGGCCCGGAACCUGUAGAGGAGGAUCCCAUGGUCUCAUCCACCAUAUCUACUGAGUUUGUGUCCGAGACAGGUCUGACCUCUGACCCUGAACUGGAAGCCAUUUUGAAUGACCCUAACCCUGUACUGGACGACCCAGAGAGACCAAGGGCUGACAGCCACCGUGAAGUACAGGACGACCCUGAGUUGGAGGCCAUACUGAAUCCCCCAAAGCCUGUACUGACCGCCCCAGAACAUAACCCAGUCCUAGAGCCUGUACUGACCGCCCCAGAACAUAACCCAGUCCUAGAGCCUGUACUGACCGCCCCAGAACAUAACCCAGUCCUAGAGCCUGUACUGACCUCCCCAGAACAUAACCCAGUCCUGGAGCCUGAGGUAAACAGUGAGCCAUCAGAGCCUGAGGUAAACCCAGAAGUAGCAGAGAGUUAACCCUCAGGAUUUUUGGCUAGGUAGACUAACAAUAGCCUUGAAUCUCAGUUAUUAUGCAUUUUGACUAGUUAAUUUAACAAUUUACCCUUUCCAGUAAUGUUUCCAAUGCUUUAGCUUGUAUAUACUGCCAUCUAAUCUGGGUAUGACUGGUUUGAGAAUGUGCUUAACUAUGUAAUACAUUUUAAAAUAGUUUAUUUCUACUGUAAGAUGGAUGUUCAUGAUUAAAAUAUAUCCAAAACAGAAA